CAGACAAAAAUGCGUUUUUUUCACAUCAAAGCAAAGCGCUGCUUUUCCUGAUUUGAUUAGAUUGUGUGGGUGAAAAGUUUUGAUCUUGACGAAAAUAUCUGUAAUCUUCCCACCACAACUUCCUGACAGCGGACACACCACAACUAUUUAGACCCAUCAAGAAUAAUUUUUCUUCGAUAUAAAAAUUGAAGGCAGUGUUCUUGAAGUAUUGGCUACAGCAGUUUGUUUCACACCGAUAUCAAACAAGGGUUACGACAGCAUUUCUAUAUUAAUUUGCAAGAUAGAAAUAGAAUUGAAAAGAGUCUUACUUUCAAAACUGCCGCUUCGGGGCUGUAAGUUUCUUUCCUGCUUCCAAAAAGUAAAAGAGUUACGACGAGCAAAAUGUCGGGGUUUCUCGACGAGGAUCACGAUUUCGACUUCGACAAGAAGAAGGACAAGGGAUACAAGGAUAAGGGAUUCAAGGACAAGGACUACAAGGACAAGGGGUUUAAGGAAAAGGACAAGAAAAAGGAAAAGUUGAAGGACAAGGAUGGGAAGUUUGAUAAGGUAUAAAAACUAGAAGUCAAUUUGUAAAUGUGACGUACUACACUACGAUCACGACAAGACUAAAAAAAUGUGGCGUAAGUACAUCAUCUAUGGCAUGAAUCAAUGCAGAGCAGCGCACGCAAGAGAUGGAGAAGAAAGAUGUGAAAAUAUUUUGAAUGUGUGUUGCCGCAGUAUGGCAAAAAUACAACUUGUCAGGUUAUCAAAGAGAACGGGAAGAAGGUGGACAAGAACGGGAAGCCGAUUAAGAAGAAGAACAAAAACAAGAAGGAGCUGAAAUUCGACACGUUUAUCCACCGAGUGCUCAAGCAGGUGCACCCAAACAUCGGAAUUACGAAGCAGGGAAUGACAGUAAUGAACGACUUGGUGUGCAACGCCUUCUUCCAAAUUAGCGAGGAAGCCGGCAAACUCGUCAAGGUAUAGGAGUUUUUGGAUGCGAUUGUGCGGUUGCUUUUCUGUCCUCGUGGGACGAACGAGGACCCGCGGAGUAGUGCUUCUUUGCGUUACUUUCUCGAUGAAGAAUGCGGCGGGGCAUAGGAAUGCUAAUACAUAACCACUCAAAAAUUUCAUUUUCACUCAUAUUUGGAUUUUGGAAUAAAAAAUCCGUACUUCAGAUGGACAACCGAGACACCAUGAGCGCACGGGAUAUCAACUGCGCGGUCCGACUUAUCCUGCCAGGUACAUCUUGAUGUCAUGAUUUUUGCUGUGGUCUUAUUUAAUGCAGGGCUCGAUAGUGCCCAUGCCCUCACUGUCAUGCUUCCACUGCUGCGCGCGAUAAGUGACGAGUUGAUAUGCAGUGUAUGUUUUCAAUAAAGCACACUAACGAUGGAUGGACCAAUAAAACUCAACCAGGUGAGCUCGCGCAGCACAGCAAUGACGAGGGCAGUUCGGCGCUGAAGCACUACGAGCAAAACAGCAAAAAGGAUCUUGGACAUGGGAACAAGGGCACAAUGGACUGAACCAAGAGCCUGCUGUGGGUAAUGGUAAAUCUGGAAGGGGUUUGUCACAGUUCAAGCUUUUGCUGGUGGUUUCUGACUUGUUAUCUUCGAUGACAACCAAACAAAAACUCAAACAAAAGUUACACAGUGAAGAUGUCGAUCUCAGGCACGAGAAACAGAGAUACUUUUUUUGCUUUUUCGCUAGUCGAUAGAAUGACUCAGUAUGCAACGGGAGAAAGAGUGCAUCCAUUGCAGGGGGUCACUUUUCUUGGCAAGUCGAACUACUUCACCGGUCCCGCAAAGAAGCAGAAGAUCUCCUUUUUCUUGGUCCUUGACCGGGAUCCAACUAAUUCAAAAAUCGAACUUCUGAAGCACGCACAAUAUCUUGGAUGAGCAGCACACACUAGUAGGUUGGAAAAUAUUAAAGAUUUCCAUUGGACGAAGAAAAAGACCGCCAAUCCAAGCAGAAAGAACUAUCUCGCGAACUGUUUUUUUGCUUUUCGAACAAGUCCUUCAGUUUUUUGAUAUUAUAUCGUUCAUUCCUCGGCUGCAAAUAUCAUGCAUAGCUGUGGCCCCUUUUUCUAGAUUACUAACACCCACUAUUCUCAGCCUUCCCGCGCCCCUCGUUCGUCUUUUCUUGAUUUCAACGAGGCGCGGCUGCUUGGAAGGUCUGACUUUUCUGUUUUACCUCUUCUCUCCAGUAAGACUGGAUUCUAUGUCUCAGUAUCACCCGCUCGAGGACCACCACCCGAGUGAAAUACUAGCCGAGAAAACGUGCCGCCAGGAAGAAGGGGACGCACGAAACGAGAUGAAUUCGUGAUCCUUUUGUCUCCUGUUAUUGACGAGACGAGGACUACAACAGCGCAAAAACUUAUACGGCAGAUUUCUCAAAAAGACGCGCCACGGCUAGGAGGGCGAGCACGGGAGAAAAAAUAAUACUGGACAGGACUGCCGAGUCAUCACGACAUGGUACAACUAUGGGCAAGAGCUCUACAAUGCUCAUGCUUGUUCAAACUGUCGUCGGGAUUUUUUUAUCGUUGUUUGUCAUCGCGCUCCAUCGUCUUUACUGCUGCC